UAUUUGACAAUUGUCCCUGAUAGAGCUAUGUAACAAACUAAUAAUUUACUUUCAACACUUUAAAGGUGCAUUAUAGCUACAGUACCACUCGUGCGAAAAAAACACGCAGAAGAUUGACUUCCUUUUGACAAGUUACACUCACUCGCAGUGCCGCGAGAGUGAGAUCUACACAAGAUGAGGUUGUGUUAGAGCGACUGAAGCUUGAUCGCCGUAUUGUGUUGUGGUAGUGUAUAACGGCUCAAAACUGCAUAUUCUGCAGAAAAUGCUAUGGGUGGGCUGUCCUGUGAUUUAGAGAGCUGCUGUACUCACAUAUUUUAAAGAGAGGAAACAGAAGCACAUCGCUAAGAAGGGUUUGUGCUCUGGGAGUGAGGAAUGUUGGUAAAAGAGGAAGCGACUAAAUAUCUGUAAAAAGGUUAACGGUGCUGUGGGAGCUGCUGUUGUCAUAGACCGUUGCUUUAUCAAGUGAAAACGUAAGCGGGAAGUCUAAAGAUUCACUCAGCUGACUGUAACCCCAAAACAAGUUUUGGGUGAAAGAACCAUGGCUGAAAAGGCUGCGGAAAAAGGUUACUACAGAUUUGUGGUGCUCUUCUUUAACUGCCUUCUUACUUUUGGCUCUUACUUCUGCUUUGAUAUUCCCAGUGUCCUUCAGGAGCAGUUUCAGGGGAAUCUCACAUGCCCAAAUACAACGAAGGUCAAUGGGACAUCAGACUGUGUGGAGGGACUAGGAAUGACCCCUGAGCAGUACAACUUACUUUAUGCCAUCUAUGCUUGGACCAAUGCACUUGUUGUUAUCAUGGCUGGAUUCCUCAUUGAUAAACUAGGAAACCGUUUUGGUGUUUUCCUCUUCUCCUUUCUAACUGUUCUGGGAUCAUCUGUUUUUGCACUUGGAUCUCACUUCAAAGGUACACAGUACUUGUUGCCACUGAUGCUAACAGGACGACUGCUGUUCGGAUCUGGAAAUGGAUCACUUACUAUUGUACAGAAUCGAAUGACAGCCUUUUGGUUCAAAGGGAAAGAAUUGGCGCUGGCAUUUGGGCUCACACUUGCCUUCUCCCGCCUUGGUAGUGUUCUCAACUUCUUCCUCACACACAGUUUUGAGAAUCGUUUUGGUAUUCAGUGGACACUCUGGGGAGGUACUUUCCUGUGUGUGCUAGGCUUCUUUUCUGCCAUCACUGUGAGCACAUUAGACAAAGUUGGGAUGAAGCAGCUUGGUAUGGAUGACAUCAUAUUAGAAGAGUCGAAAAAAGUGCAUGUCAGAGAUGUUCGCCGUCUGCCUUUGCGGUACUGGCUACUUGUCCUGACUAUAAUGUUCUUUUAUAAUGGUGUGUUUCCAUUUGUAGCUGAUGCCAGCAAAUUUAUCCAGGAUAAGUACACUGGCUACAGCCAGCAGCAGGCUUCUUAUAUUGCUGGUGCCGUCUAUGACAGCUCCCUUGUUCUUUCAGCUGCAGUUGGGAUAUUGAUUGACUUCGUGGGCUUGAGAGGUGUCUUUGCAGUUGCAUGUGCAGUCUUGACCCUUCCGGUAUUUGCUCUAUUGGCUUUCACAUUUGUACCUCCUCUGGUAUCUACAAUUUGGCUGGGGGUUACGUACUCCUUUGCAGCUGCAAGCAUGUGGCCUUCUAUUCCUUUAGUGGUUCCUCAAGCUACACUAGGAACAGCUAUGGGACUUGCUACAUCCAUACAAAUGAUUGGGAUUGGGAUUUCCAACCUCGUAGUGGGACAGAUCUUGGGAACAAAGUCAAGUGACGUAAAGAUUCCAGUCUGGCGCUGGCAACAAAUGAUGAUCUUUAUGUUGGCCAACACCAUCUGUUGCAUCAUCACUUCGGUUAUACUGAAUAUUGUGGAUAGACGAAAGGAUGGAAUUCUGAACAAGCUAACCAAACGCACUGGAAGACCUGAUCAAGCGAGUGAUGAUCCAAGUGAGACAUCCCCCUUGCUGGGAAAUCCUGAUCAAUCAAGGACAAUCAACUAAAAAGGGAAGCCGCACAGCAUAAUAGCUACUAGGACAUGUACAGAGUCAGAAUUAAGUAUAAAGUAACAUUUCCAAACUUCAUGUUCUUUUGCUCUAAGGGCAUUACCACUACACUGAAUCGCUAGUGACAGUGGUAGUCUUGAGAAGGGAUUUUUUUACCCACUUAAGUCUGAAUUAUGUACUGAAAAUCCAUGAAUUUCUGAGUGCUCAGUGAAAUUUAUAUCCAACUUGUAAGAUAAGCUGUCAAUUUUAUACUGAUUUAUGAAUAUGCAUUUUUGUACUGACUAGUAUUCUGAUAAAUGUUUUUGUAAUGAGAAAAUUAAAUGUAAGUGUAUACCUUUUUCAUUUUCAAAUAGAAAAGAAGCAAGUUGUUUUGUUUUCUCAGGUUUAAAACACCUUCCAGUUGGAAACCCCAUUUGGAUUAGGCAUUCUGGAAUUCAUGAACCACACUUCGAUAGUAAAAAAAUCAAUCUGCAGCUGUUUUUCAUGGAAAUAAUUAGAUUGCUUUUUCCCCAGAACAGUGCAGUUUUGCAGUGAAGUCCAGACUUUCCAUAAAAACUAUAAGGGAAGCAAAUUAGCCAAAUGAUUAAGACACUCAUUUGUUGUAGUUUUCUUUCUGUUUGGUUAAACAUUCAAAAUUCCUUUCUGCGUAAUGUGGGAACAUAAAGCCUUUACAGGAGUUGAACUGUUUACAGUAUUAGAACUUGUUCUUGUCUGGUGCCAUGAAAUGAGUUCUUAAUGAUUUUGAUUUCCUCAUGUGAUGUUACACAAGCCUCAGUUAUGUUUUAAAUAGUGUUAGAAGAGAAAGGGAAUGUUUUAAAGUUCUGAACUGACGUGUGAACUUUUGUAAAAUAUAUUAACAGAAAUGUAUAAGAUGAUGAAACUUUAUUGAAAAAGUUUUGUCCAGUGGUGCUGUUAAAACCAGUCCAAUGCUAAUAAAGUAUGUUGCACUAUAAUUUGAA